CCAAGUUUCUUUUAUAAUUUUUAAACGGUAAUUCGUAGGUAUGUACUUACAAUGGGAAAAAGUUAACAUAUUUAGUUCUCUAUUGGAGACGCCCGAUCGGAAGGCGAUAGGGAUCGGAACUAACCCCUUGACGAUGGGUUUUUUCGAUAUACGAUAAUGGGGAAAUCGCAAUUAUUAUAUUUGCUAUACCUGCGGACGAUAUUUUUUUGAAAAUUUGUACAUACGAUCGGUACGUUGCGGCGAAGAAGAUACGCGAAAAUGAAGGAAAUCUCGCGAGGGGUAUUCCUCCCCCGCGAAACACCCGUUUUGUGAUUUCACGCUCCGGAAGUUAAACGGUAAGCGUUUCGAGGAUGCCGUCGUGACUUAGGAGGGAUAGCAAGAAUGAGUGGUAAGGGUUGUAAAAAAUUAAGAAAAAACACUUAUUCGAACCUGGAGGCGAAGUUACUCGACGUUGAUACUUCCGAAAGUCGUAACCGAUAGGGGUGCGCGAAUUUCGAAUUUUUUCGUCGGUACGGCGCGACCUUCCCGCAGGGGUAUGAGUAGAUAAGACUCAAAGUGCACUAGGCAUAUCGUUUUUGGGUAAAAUUGCGAGUUUUAAAAACUGAGGAUAAAGGAGGGAAGAAAUUUUUCGAGAAAAAAUUGCACUUUUUAGGGGUUUAAACGAAUUUUCCCCUGGAAAAAAUUGGGAGCAUUUCGGGAGGGACUAGAUCACAAUAAAACGGACGUUUGUCCAAUAAUUUUAUUGAAAAUGUAGAGAUUUUGUGCAAGUUUUUUGACAUUUUCAAAUUCGAAGAGGUUCUGAAUUCUUGAAUAGAAUAGGUUUACCGUUUACCUAUCUUUACCUAUAUAAAACACUAAUUACCUGAUGUCUAUAAUUGCAUUUAAAAUUUUCUCGUCACAAGUGGGCCUUAGAUAAUGAAAAAAAAUAUUAAGAUGUGCUUCCUUAUCGACGUGAAUACGUGUCAAAAAAAAUUGAAGAGAUAAUUUAGCGGUAAAGAACACGUGCUCUUGUAACUGUGCACAAUCAUUAGAUAUUGUAUUUCUUCACAAAAGCCGCCGCCGCCGCUUCGGCAGCAUUUGAGAUAAUGUUGAGAUAAACACCUGCAGAUACUACAAGUAUUUAAAGGGUGAAAUGUUAUUUUUUCGAGUUAGUUCAAGUGCAGGUUUCAAACCAUAAAGAUCGUAAGUAUAACACUUUACCGAUUUGCAUUUUUAUAUUUCAAAAUUAGUUUUUCUGAAUUUGUUGUAAUUAAUAAAGUAGGUAUGUCAUUUAAUCAAUGGUAAACCUGGUCUCCUAGGUAUUAUGUUAACGUAUUUUUUUUGUAUUUUUCAGAACAUACAAUGUCUGUCGUGUCAGAAAAUGAAAUUAGAGUUAUCGAGGAGGUGGUUGCGGAGGUCCAUCGGGACGCCGAAAGCGUCGACCCGAAGACAGAUGGAACUCAGAACCAUAAGAGUAGACGGGGACGUGGAAGAUCCCGGGGACGUGGACGGAAUCGGGAUCGGAGACGUGGACGGAAUGGGAGAAGUGGACGGGAUCGGGGACGAGGGCCACGACGACAUCGUGGUCGAGAAGAGGCAAAGAAGACCAUCAGCCCACCGGCUCCGCCGACACCGGCUGGGACAUCGGCGCAGCAAAAUGCCCCCUCACAAGGGGGCAAUACAUUUGUAUUUAAUUUUUAUUAUAAUUUAAAAUAA